AUGGAAGUAGCACCUCAUUUGCCGGCACACGCCGCUUCACAACGUGCAAUAGAAAGACAGAGAAAACGCACGCAGCUGCCAUACCCAAAUCCGCAGAACAUUGCGGAGAUAACAAUUCCUGAACCUCUUCAAACGACAACAAGAGGGCAAAAUUUCGUCUUGUGGGAUUUCGGACCGACUGACGUUUACAGAAUGAUGAUGUUCGGAACAAUGGAUAAUAUCAAUCGUCUACAGCAAAAUGAACAUUGGUUUGUGGAUGGAACUUUCAGAGUUGCACCAGUAAUCUUCUAUCAGGUAUUUACAAUUCAUGCUUUAAUAGAUAACAAGGCAGUGCCGUUAGUUUAUUGCCUCAUCCAGGAUAAGACCGAAGCAACCUAUAUCAGAGUUUUUGAGAAAAUUGUGGAACUUUUACCUACCGUGAAACCAGUGAGCAUCAUGUCUGAUUUUAAGAAAGCCACACAGAAUGCAAUUCAGCACGUGUUUCCCAAUGCACGUCUUGUUGGUUGUCUAUUUCACCUAGGCCAAUGCCUCUGGCGAAAAGUGCAAGAUUUAGGCUUAUCGCAACUGUAUCACGACAACGAGGAAUGUCGAAUGAUAGUGAAGAUGCUGCUUGCCUUAAGUUGUGUUCCUGUAAAUGAUGUCUGUACUGCAUUUGAGCAUUUAGUAGAAUCUAGUCCUGUAGACAUUAUGCCACUGGUAGAUUAUUGGGAGGAUAGUUACAUAGGGAGGCGAAGGAGAAACCGUCGAGGUGACCCAGCUUUGUCUUGCUAUUUGGAAUGUCCAUAA